GAAGACCUUGAUAAAUGUAGCGGAGUACGAUAUUUGUAUGUCUUGAAUUGUAUGUAUUGACUUGUAAAUAUGGACGCUUUCUAAACUUGCUUCGUGAAGCUUCGAAAACUUUGCGAACCUUUAGUAAAAAAGUCCACGACACUUUUACGUUUUGUUCAACAACUGAACAUACCUUCCCGAAGGGGCCACAUCCAUUCACUUCGUUACAAUAUGAUGAGCCACAUGGGACUUUCCCGUCACAAGAAGUACUGCACAAGAAGAGAUCUGCACCUCCUUCCACAAGUACUGUACCUUCAGUGAAGCUCCUCCCACAGCAAUUCACCAAUAAAAGUUGGAAUAUUCCCAUCAGUGAAGAAGAGUUUUCAGUGACAGGAGUGCUCCAGAACCCUACGAAAUGAAACCUGAAGAUACUGAAGAACAUGGAGACCUGAUGGAAGAGGAGGAGGAGAGUGAAGAACUGAGUGAAGCAGAAGAAAAACAUGUCAAAACUGGAGUAAAAUCUGUGAGUCGCUCACAGGCUCAACGUAAAUGUAUACUGAAAAGAAAUCCCCCCAAAAAAUUCACUUGCCCUGAGUGUGGUAAGAGUUUCCCAUACAAGCAAAGUCUUAAAGUUCACAUGAGAGAUCAUAGUGAAGAGAAGCCGUACACAUGUGAUCAAUGCGGGAAGAGUUUUACACAAAAGGGACACCUUAAGAGACACGUGAUAAUCCACACUGGAGAGAAACCAUACACGUGUGAUCAGUGCGGGACGAGUUUUGCAUAUGAAAGCACUUUUAAAAGCCAUCUGCGUUCUCACUCUGGAGAAAAAACGUUUAACUGUGAUCAGUGUGGCAAAACGUUUUUUAACGCAGCACAUUUGAAGAUCCACUUGAAUGUUCAUACAAAGGAGAAGCCUCACAUGUGUUCAUUGUGUGGAAAGAGUUUUUCACGGAUGGGUACUUUAAAAUUACACCAGAAAAGACACAGCGGUGUGAAGAAUCAUGCAUGCCUUGAUUGCGGGAAGACCUUCUUUACAGAUACUGAACUGAAAAAGCACCUGAUAGUCCACAAUGGAGAAAAACCUUACAAGUGUUCACACUGUGACAAGAGAUUCAGUCGGUCAGAUUGUCUGAAAACACACGAGAAGAUCCACACUGGAGAGAAGCCGCACACAUGUGACCAGUGCGGAAAGAGUUUUACACUACAAGGAGAUCUUAAGGUUCACAAGAAAAGCCACACUGGAGAGAAACCGCACACAUGUGAUCAAUGUGGGAAGAGUUUCACACUAAUAUCAAACCUUAACAUACACAUGAAGAUCCACACCGGAGAGAAGCCGUACACAUGUGGUCAGUGUGGGAAGAGUUACAGACAGAUUGGCUUUUUGAAAUUACAUCUGCGUUCUCAUUCUGGAGAAAGACCAUUCAACUGUGAUCAGUGUGGUAAAAACUUUUUUUGGCCAGAAUCCCUGAAGAACCACCUGAAAGUUCAUACACAGGAGAAGCCUCACAUGUGCUCUUCGUGUGGAAAGAGUUUUAGUCAGCAAGGUGCUUUAAAAAGACACCAGAAAAGUCACAGUGGUGUGAAGGAACAUAUGUGCUUUGAUUGUGGGAAGACUUUUGUUACAAAUGCUGAACUAAAACUGCACCAGAGAAUGCACACUGGAGAAAAACCUUACGAGUGUUCACAUUGUGACAAGAGAUUCAGUCGGUCAGAAUAUCUGAGAACACAUGAGAGGAUCCACACUGGAGAAAAACCAUAUCACUGCCCUCCGUGUGGGAAGAGUUUUACUCAAUCAUCUUCUUUACGCCGCCACACAUGUCUGAACACAAAGAAGUUCAUGUUCAGAUCCAGCACUUUAAAGUGCAAUGCUACGUCCUCGCCAAAUGUGACACAAUAAUGUCAAGCAAUAAAAAAAGCUCUCUUCUAUAUAAAUCUAACUAUUCUAUAUAUAUAGAUUCUAUAUAAAUCUAAUCCUAACCAGCUGCAAUAUGUGACAGCACAACAUUUUUCACAGUGAGAUCAAAUUUCCUCCCAAAAAUGUGUGAAAAAGUGUGUAGACAUUUGCAAGAGAAGACUUCUGCUGUGCUGAAAAAGUGAUGAUGAAGAUCAGGUGGAUCCCAGGUUCAUUAACCAUGUCUUAGCAAAUGAGAAAAACUGUAAUGCAGUUGAAAUACUACUGUAACUCUAGUUGUUCAACUCGGUUUUUCAAAGUUUUCAUUUUUUGAUUCAGAAUAUACACUCACCGGCCACUUUAUUAGGUA